AUGCGCUUCUUCGCCACGUUGCUCGGCCUCUGUGUCGCGACAGGCCCCGUAGCGGCUCAGGUUGCGCCUGUGGUCACAGAAUCAGGCGUCUCAGCCCAUCCAUUCGACAUCAACCAGGUCUCUUUGACCAGCAGUCGCUUUAUGGCCAACCAGAAUCGAACGCUCAGCUAUCUCAAGUUCGUGGACACCAAUCGCCUCCUCUAUAACUUUCGCUUGAACCACAAGCUGUCAACUAGUGGAGCAAUAGCGAAUGGUGGUUGGGAUGCUCCUGACUUCCCGUUUCGUACACACAUGCAAGGUCAUUUCCUGACUGCUUGGGCUCAAUGUUAUGCACAAUUGGGCGACACCGUGUGUCGGGACCGAGCUACAAGCUUUGUAGCGGAACUCAUCAAGUGCCAGAACAACAACAAAGCCGCUGGAUUUGCUACUGGAUACCUGUCUGGCUUCCCUGAAUCCGAGUUCGCGAAACUGGAGAAUGGUACGCUCAGUAAUGGUAACGUGCCAUACUACGCCAUUCACAAGACGCUUGCCGGAUUGCUCGAUGUUUAUCGCUGGAUCGGCGACACAAAUGCAAAGACGGUCCUGCUCGCUUUUGCUGGCUGGGUGGACACACGCACUAGCAAGUUGAGCUAUGAUCAGAUGCAGAAGGUCAUGCAGACGGAGUUUGGCGGUAUGAAUGAAGUGCUUGCGGACAUAUACCACCAGACAGGGGACAAGAAGUGGCUUACCGCCGCGCAGCGGUUCGACCAUGCCGCUAUAUUUGACCCACUUGCGUCUAACCAGGACACACUUGACGGACUACAUGCAAAUACCCAGGUGCCAAAGUGGAUCGGCGCGGCGCGAGAGUUUAAAGCCACGGGCACGUCCAAGUACCGCGACAUCGCAAAGAACGCCUGGGCAUUUACCGUCAACGCGCAUUCCUACGCCAUCGGCGGCAAUAGCCAGGCCGAGCAUUUCCAUGCACCCAACGCGAUCUCCACAUGGCUGACGAACGACACUGCAGAAGGAUGCAACACAUACAACAUGCUCAAGCUUACACGCGAGCUCUUCACCAUGAACCCUACCGACGCCACAUACUUCGAUUUCUACGAGCGCGCGCUCAUCAACCACAUGCUCGGACAGCAGAACCCAGCUACCGACCACGGCCACAUCACAUACUUCACGUCGUUGAACCCGGGCGGCCAUCGAGGCCUCGGCCCAGCUUGGGGAGGUGGUACAUGGAGCACAGACUAUGAUUCGCACUGGUGUUGCCAGGGAACAGGUAUCGAGACGAACACAAAGAUGCAGGACUCGAUCUACUUCUACGACGAUUCUUCGCUCUACGUCAAUCUCUUCACACCGUCGAAGCUGAACUGGAAAGCGCGCAGUGUUACUAUUAUCCAGUCUACCACGUUCCCUGCGAGCGAUACUACGAGCCUUACAGUCAUUGGCGGGGACAGUUGGGCGAUGAAGAUCCGCAUCCCAUCCUGGACCUCGGGCGCUACCAUCACAGUUAACGGCGUCACACAGUCCAUCACCACAACUCCAGGCAGUUAUGCUACACUUAGCCGUACCUGGGCCUCAGGCGACGUCGUAAUCGUAAAGCUGCCCAUGAAGUUGCGCGUCAUACCUGCCAACGACAACAAGUCUGUCGCAGCUUUGGCUUUUGGCCCUACUGUUCUCUGUGGCGACUAUGGUAGCACCACGCUCUCUGCCAAUCCGAAGCUCGAUUUAAACACUGUGAAGCGCAGUGGGACGACUGGUCUGGCGUUUGCCGGUACUGCUGACGGUAAGCCAGUGAAUAUUGGGCCGUUCUACGAUGCGCAGGGAUUCAACUAUGCGGUGUACUGGGCCGUCAGUGGUUCGUUGCCUGCGUAG